CCAUUUUCCAGAGACUGCACUUCUUAGUUCUUACAGCCUUCUGCACAUUAUUCCACGACUCGGGCUCGCGGUGAUAGCAAGGCGUACCGUUCGCGCGCCAAUUUUUGACACUUUAUUUUUUUAAGCAAACGCACAGAGGAGUUAACUUUAUACUGCUAACUUAGAUGUUUAUUUGUUGUGAUAGAAAUGGUGAAAUUCUGGUGGAUGUUCAUAUUGUUUGCAAAAACGGCUUCGGCUAGUGAUAACGAGUUGCCUGAUGCAGACGCAGGAAAAGAGUCACGCUUCCUUCCCCUAUUCGAAGUGAAGAGGUUUGACAACAGACCUGCUGCAGGCGGUCUACCACCACUGACCACGGUGCCCAUAGCCGGGGAACGAUGCUCGGCCCGGUUAGAAUCAGCCCUCGACCAGCUGAAGAGGCGGAAGAGGAAUCAACCCAAGAGCUUGGACACUCCUUUGAGCCAGAGCAUCGACCUCAACGGAUACAGCUUGUACCAUCAGAUGAGAAGUGCGCCGGUAGACAUGUAUGUCACGCGUAUGCGCGUGCGACUUCCGCAGAACAGCAAUUGGGUCCGCGUAGAGAAAUGUUACUUCGACCCGAGAAACGUAUCCCUCGAUACAAUGCUUCUGUUCCACGAUAUCACUAUCAGUGGAAACGUGGAUUUGUACGACGCCAACGAGUUAGACAGAGGACAGCCAAACGGAAGGCUCAGAAGAAACUACGACCCCAGACCUUACGAUGGACCUUACAAUGAAGACCCUUAUGUGCGUCCACGAGGAAACGGUUGCAACAUGAUCUUAAGACUGAGGAAAGCGGGCAUCGGAUUUCACACGAGACCCCUCAAUCAGCAACCAGGGAAAUUCAAUGUCAAAACUGAUUCCGAAUUCGUUGAGCCAGGCUUCAUUAGCGUUUACGCGUACGGUUGCGAGAAGUACAUAAACAGGAAUUCUGUUAGGAAUAAAGAUAACCUGCCUCUGAGACGCAGAAGGCGAUCGGACGAGUUUUCAUUCCAUUCCCACUUGGAUCCGCCCCGCGCAGACGGGUUAGACAGCAGAUCGGCUGACAACAACUGGGAUAUUAUCUACGAGCCGCGCAGUAACAGAGUAAACUAUGAGAGAAGCAAACUGUUCAGACCUGAAGAUGAUUUGGACGAAGUAGAAGAUAUUUCACGCGAAAUGGAAGACAUCUUCACAAAAGGCAUAAGAACUCUAUUAACAACAUACAUGAAGAAAGAACUGCAGCCGGCUAUAAAGGACACUUUGAUGAGAAAUAUGGGUUAUGUGAUAUCAUAUGGUUAG